AUGAAUGACUUGGAAGAAAACAUCAAGGAUGGAAAAGUACAAGACGAAAUCCUUCAACCUGAAUGGGAUCCAUUCCGACAAGUACAAGAUGUGGAAGAUUUUGAAUUCCUACGAUUGGCAAUUCUGGAAAAACUUGGACUUGGAGCGAGCAUCUCGGAAACGGAAAAUAAGGAAACGACGACGUCGGAUCGUGGUGGAUGUGCAAGAUCCAGAGGAUAUUAUGUGAUUUCAGAUGCAGAAAAGGCAACCUAUCUUCCCAAGAACAAAGCAGUACUGGAUACUUCUUCUCUGACAGGCAGACUCUCUUCGCGUACGAAUCGAGUGAACAAUCGACGGUUUGCAGCUGGUAUGGAAAUGCAGAAAAAGGUCAUGGCGGAUUCGGAUAUCUUGAAAUUCAACCAACUCAAGGGACGCAAGAAACAACUACGAUUUGCCAAAUCUCCUAUCCAUGACUGGGGUCUUUAUGCGGAAGAACAUAUUGAUGCAAAUGAUAUGGUGAUAGAAUAUGUAGGUGAAGUUAUUCGACAACAAGUAGCUGAAGAACGUGAAAAAACUUAUGGACGAUGUGGGAUUGGAAGCAGCUAUUUAUUCCGUGUGGAUGAUGAUAUUGUCAUUGAUGCAACAAAGAAGGGUAGUAUUGCCAGAUUCAUCAAUCAUUGUUGUUCUCCAAAUUGUACUGCCAAGAUCAUCACAGUGGACAAACAUAAAAAGAUUGUUAUUUAUGCUAACCGAGACAUUGAACCUGGAGAAGAAAUCACUUAUGAUUACAAGUUUCCUUUGGAGGCUGAAAAAAUACCUUGUCUUUGUGGAAGUAAGGCCUGCAAAUUGACACUCAAUUAA